AUAUUAUUGUUGUGAUUCGUGCGUGUCUGGCGUGUAUUUUUAUAAUGAUCACACAAGAAUGUUCAAUUUCUUCUAAUUUCGCUGAAAAUACAACGGGAAAAUGUGGAGAUUGUGAUUAAGAGUUGAAAAAUUAUUCUCAUUGAAUGAUUUUUUCAUCGAUGUGUUUAUUUUAGUUAUGUGAAAAAAAAAAUGAUGAAGAUGAUGUGAAUAAAAUUUUUUUUCGGAGUUCAACGGGCAUUAGUGUGUUAUAAACGUACAGAGAGAGGAAAAGGAGGGAGGAGAUGUGUCGGUGGAUGAAACUACAAUUUGCUUAAUAGCUAAUAGACUCAAAAUUACUGGUAUGAUUCUAUGAUCCGUUCACGAUGUCCGCGUAUGUGACGAUACUGCCAUAUCUCUUCCUAGGAUUAUUAGGUAUGACUAUAGGACAUGACAUCAAGGGUACUUCAUAUUGUGAAUUUUAUAAUGGCACAGCUUGCCCUGAAUCACAGCCAGGAUGCAUCGAGAGAGAAGAGUGCAGCCCAAGCGAACCAGAUAAACGAAAUCAUUGUUACGUUGUCUGGAAAUAUGAUAGAGAGACAAAAAAGUCGACUGCUGUUCUAAAGGGAUGUUUUUUAGAUAAUAAGGACUGUUAUGACAAACCACAAUGCGUGGAGAAAAGUUCAGACGUAAAGAAGAAAAUGCUUUUCUGUUGCUGCGAUGGUAACAUGUGCAACCAAAAUUUCACUUGGGAUCCACAGCCUACAGAGCCUCCUCCCCCAGUUCAAGAAUAUGAACCAGUGUCGACGUUCGAUGAGCAAGUAAUAAUAUUAAUGAUAGCUGUGUCAAUUCCUUCGCUCUUCGUGGUAGCUGGACUGCCCAUAAUGUACUGGUACUAUCGACGAAGAAAACUCGGAUAUUUCAAUGAAGUCCCAACACUAGAGCCAUUGCCUUUGCCACAGCAAUCGCCAAGUAUGGGUUUGCGACCGAUUCAACUUCUUGAAAUUAAGGCGCGAGGUCGAUUCGGAGCCGUUUGGAAGGCUCAGCUCAAAACUGACGUUGUUGCUGUGAAAGUAUUUCCAGUGCAAGACAAACAGUCCUGGCAAACUGAACAAGAAAUUUUCAAACUCGCUCACAUGGAUCACGAGGAUAUUCUUCAUUUUAUUGGUGUUGAAAAACGAGGCGAUAAUUUGCAAACAGAGUUCUGGCUCAUCACUUCUUAUCACGAUAAGGGCUCUCUCUGCGAUUAUCUAAAGGCGAAUGUCGUCACAUGGCAUGAAAUGUGUAGAAUCGCUGAAUCUAUGGCUCGUGGCUUGAUGCAUCUUCACGAGGAGAUUCCGGCUAAUAAAGCGGACGGAUAUAAGCCCGCAGUUGCUCACAGAGAUUUUAAAUCUAAAAACGUUCUUCUCAAGGCUGAUAUGAGCGCAUGCAUAGCGGAUUUCGGAUUAGCGUUAAUAUUUCAUCCUGGUAAACCGUGUGGAGAUACACAUGGACAGGUUGGCACUCGAAGAUACAUGGCUCCUGAAGUUUUGGAAGGAGCAAUUAAUUUUACUAGAGAUUCAUUUCUCCGGAUAGAUAUGUAUGCGUGUGGCUUGGUUCUUUGGGAAUUAGCCUCUCGUUGUACAGUACAAGAUGGACCAAUUGGAGAAUACAGGUUACCAUUUGAAGAGGAAGUCGGACUUCAUCCCACUCUUGAAGAUAUGCAGGAAAGCGUUGUGCAUAAAAAGGAAAGGCCUUUUAUUUUAGAAACGUGGCGAAAACAUCAGGGUCUAUUAUCAAUUUGUGACACAAUGGAGGAAUGCUGGGAUCACGAUGCCGAGGCGCGUCUUUCUGCCUCAUGUGUGAUGGAAAGAGUGGCAACGCUAAGCAGGUUACUUGUCUUAAACUCAUCAACGUUAAUCAGAGUUGAUAACAACGAUUCUAUCACCACAAAGGAAUCCAGUAUGUAGUUAAUCCCUGUAUAUUGUAGUUUAGUUGAAUUGCACAACCACGCGUUUUGUGUAUUAUAAUUUUCAUAAAAAAAAGAAAACAAAAAUUGAUGGGGAAAGUUGAUAUUUGUCGAUUAACAAAUUUUACAUCUUUCAUGUGAUAAUUGGUUUUGCUAAAAAAAAAUUGAAUUUUUUUAAAGAGGAAAAAGUCUUGAAAUCUAAUCUUAAUGAUUAAUUUUCACCUUAUUUUGAUCACACAUUAUCGAUUGAUUUUUUUUUCUUUUUUUUUUGACUUGUAAACGAAUUUUUUUUUAAUACUCGCGAACAGAUUAUAAGUUUUAUUCUAAGUUGUCUUUAAGUUUGAAUAUUUUAAGAAUUUAACAGUUUUUAGUCUCUUAGCUCUUGCCAAUUGUAAAUUCAUAAACUUUCUAAGGUUUUCUUUAAUUACUUCAAUUUUGUAACAUUUAUCUGAAUACUAAAAUAAGUUUUUAUAAGAAAUUUAAACGAUUUUGUACAUAUUUAUAUUUCAAAUCUAAAAUUUCCCAAAGCAAUCGAUUUUCAAGUUUUUUUUUUAAUUUUCAACUGAUUUAUAAUUGAAUAACAUGAUCUUAAGUGAUUGAAAUUAAUAAUUUAACUAUAAUCAGACGAAAAUGUGUAAAGAAAAAUAAGUGACAUUCCCCAUUGAUUGUUAAACACGUAUCCUUUGGAGAAGGAAUUUUUUUUCUAGAAAAAAAAGAUAAAAAAAAUUCUGUCCAAAGAAAAAAAAGACUAUGCAGUUAUGUUUUAGGAUAAGGAGAAAAUUUUCUCCUUCAUUUUUUUUGUUUAUCGUUUUUUUUGGAAAAUUUGCUGUGUAAUGAAAUCGAAGAACCCUGUUACAAUGUACCUGGUAGAUGCAAUCGCGUUUAGUCGAUUGUAAUGCCACGAGGAAUUUACCAGAUGAAUAAUUCCAAGCAAGAGGAGAAAAAGGAGGGAAAAAAAACUAUACAAUAUUUCUUUUUUUCUUUUACGAUAAUUCUCUUGCUUGCUAAAUAAUUCUCUUGAGAUUCCGCGGCAAAUCAUCUAGAUUUCGCAGAAUUUUUCGUAAACACUGCACAACCAGAGACAAAUGAAAGAUAAAAAUCUAUUUACCUAAAUUAAUAAUAUUAAUAAUACGUACAUACGUUUCAAGUUAAUCAUUACGAGGCCCUAGAUUCGUAAUUAAUAAAAUUUUCAUUUUAUGGAAAUAAAAUAAAGCAAAAAAAAAAAAAAAAGAAAAAAAAAACUCGAUUUAACAGAGCACCUGUGUCUCUCCAAGCCAUGAAUAUUGUAACGCGACUGCCUAACAAAUUUUUACAUGUGAAUAGUUUACGUAAUCUCUAGGACUGUUAAAGCGGCGCAAUUUUUACUUUUUUUAUUUUUAUAAAUAAAAAAAAUAUGGCAUCAACAUCUCUUUUUGUACGACGAGAAAAAUAACUUUUUUCACAUUCAUUCAAUUUUAAAACAUUUUUUUUUCUUUUUGCUAUACUUACCUAUGUCAAAAAGUUUAUAAGAAAACCAAAGACAAUUUUUUAUUUUACAAUUUUAAACAAAAUUGAGAUUGAAAUUUUUUCAAUUUAAGUUUAUUUAAAGACGUUAAAAUUUUAUUUUAUUAAAUUAAAUUUUUUUUUCGAAAAAUACGAUGCCUUGUUUAAUCGAAAGACAAAAACAGUUAUUGCGAAUGUUAAUGACACCCAGUUUCAGCGAUUUUCUAUAAGUUGUCUUCCCGAUGUUUUUUUUUCAAUAAAAAAAAAAGAAAGAAAAAUAA